AUGGCUGAACUAAUCGGUACAUGGAAAUAUGUUGAAAGUUUUAAAAUGGAUGAAUUAUAUAGUGAAUUAAGCGUUCCAAAAGAUGUAUUCAACGCUACAAAUGAAUUUCAGCAUACAUUGAGUAUAAGCUUAGAUGAUAAUGAAUUACAUCUAAAAAAGAUAUUGUAUGAUCGUGAAAUUGAUCAAUCAUUUGAAUUGGGUCAAGAAGUUCAAGAGUUGACAUUAGAUGGACGAAUUGUUCUGGCUUUUGUAACAGUUGAAUCAGAUAAAAAGAUGGUACAUAUACAAAGACAUGGCUUCACAGAAAUUGUUAUCACACGUGAAGUUGAUGGCGAUAUAUUGAUGACAGUAAUUCAAUUCUAGAGCUAGUACUGAUGUGCUGAGAAGCUAGCCUACCACUAAAGCCAUGACAUGGAAAUUCAUCAAAAGGGAACAGAAAGGUUACUCGAAGAAUGUCUUUCUUGUCUACAUUUUCCUGUUUCAAUAUCAAAUUCACUGUAAACUUCUUAUUCCGGGUGGCAAGCAUUCUCCAACAAAUUUCGGCUGUUUAUUGAGUUGAUUUGAAGUAGUUUUAUUUACAUGAUGAUGUUCUAAGCACAAUUAACUGUUGAUUUUCAUAUAACCUAGUGUUAUUUUCCUUUGAAUGAAUGCUGGCAGAGUAAACUGUGUGACCUGUCCAUAAACUGUGCAUGCGCGAUGCAGGAGUUGAGGGCUGUAUCGACAACGUGUUCAGUUUGAACUACAAAUUUAUUUUAAAAUCACAUGAUUCUUACCAAGGUUUCAACAGGUAUCUAUGAAAGUAAGCGAUUAGAUCACAAGUACAACCUAAAUACAACUUCUGAUAAAUAAACUUAAAAUUAAGCUAUCAUAUCCACUUACUUGGAAAUAGAUUUUCCUACUCCAUUCACAGUCACUAUUGAAACGGACUACAGUCUUUCAACUACCUUACACUGAACCCUACUGUUCAUUUCAUUAACAACUGAAUGUUAUCAUAUUAAGUAGUAGGAUGUUUGGAGAGAUCCUAAAGUCUCAGCAUUGCUCUACUAAGGUCAGAUGAUUCGUAACUAAAACCGCAGAUUAUAAUGGGUAGAAAUCUGAUCAACACAAGGAAUACAUAAACACUCAUAUAACUCGUAAAUAUACCUUAUUGCUCACUAGAGUUAUUGUUGGCAAUUUUGGUGAAUGAAAUGUCCACGAUCAAAUACUAGAGGUGAGUGAAUACGAGGCCAUUAUUACUUUUCAAUAUAGCAGGGAUUUUUUUGGCGCUGAUUUACAUUACAACAAAAGUCAGACAAUGAUGUUUAAAGUGAACAUAUUGUAAAACAACCUACAAAAUGUCUUAAGAAAACCGGAUUUCUGUUUCAUUCAUUUUUUGUUUCGCUCUCUGUAUGUAACAAGCAAGAUGGUAUCGAAAAGUGUAUUUUAAGAAAUUCAUAGUUCUUUCUGGAGGUUUGUGAAGAUAUAUUAAUUGGUUUUGGGUUGGAAUUCACAAUGGACUGACAUCAGUUAGAGGGACAGUGGAAAUCUGGGGGCAUUGGACAGCUGUAACGUGCUAGCCAUGGAAUCUGAAGGCUCUGGGUUCGACCUCUGGUGGGAUCAUGGGUGGGCACCACUGAGGAGUCCCGUACUACGACGAAACAGCUUUCCAGUUCACCCAGGUUUCCAAUGUUUUCUCGACCGAUGUCAGUCAAUGAUGAAUUCCAGCCUAAAAUCAAUCAGUAAAUCUCCACAAACCUCCGGGUACAAUUAACCUAGUGCUCAUUAAUGACUAACUUCGAGAGGUGAUACUCGAAGUUCCAAUGAUGUCAUGACCAGUGUAGUCAACUAAGUUUAACAUGAGGAAAGUUGCUCAAAGAU